CAAGCACCAGCAAGCAGCACUUAGUAGAGGUUUGCAGGCUCCCGUGAGCGAUGGCUGGGGCGCCCGCAGACGGAAGGAGGAACCGCUGGGAGCUUGCCGCCUUCCCCGCGAGCCUACCUCUGUUUGAUUUGCCCCCUCCCCUCCUGGGCAGCUUCUGCUCGAUCCUAGACUCCUGCGACGGAGCCCUGGGCUGGCGGGGGCUAGCUGAACGUGUUUCCAACAGUUGGCUAGAAGUUCGACACAUUGAAAAAUAUGUUGAGCAAGGUAAAAGUGGAACGAGGGAAUUACUCUGGUCUUGGGCACAGAAAAACAAGACGAUCGGUGACCUUUUGCAAGUACUACAGGAAAUGGGCCAUGAGCGAGCAAUUAAUUUAAUUGUGAAUCAUGGAAAGACCUUAAAUGCCUCAUCUAAUCAGAGUCAGCAGACAACUGGAUUUCCAAAUAUUUCUUCCCAGGUAACAACUGACAACACAAUCGAUAAUAUAAGAUGUAUGCCUGAAUAUCAGAAAGGAAUAAACCUAAAAUCUUCCUUCAACUUUAAAAACAUCAUAGAAGGAACCAGAAGCUUCCAUAAAGAUUUUCUAAUUGGAGAAGGAGAAUUAUUCAAAGUAUUCAAAGUGGAACUUCAAAAUGGAACAUUUGCUGUUAAGUUAUUUAAACAGGAGAAAACUCCACAGGAUAACAAAAAUUGGAAGAUGUUUUUCUCAGAACUUGAAGUUUUGAAUAUGGUUCAACAUCCAAACAUCCUGGAACUGGUUGCUUAUUUUAUGGAGGCUGAGAGGUUUUGCCUUGUUUACCCAUACAUGAGCAAUGGAUCGCUUUUUGAUAGGUUGCAAUGUAUAGAAAAUACUUUUCCACUUUCUUGGCAACUUCGACUCAGUAUAUUGAUAGGAAUAGCCAGAGCCAUUCAAUAUUUACACAGUGCUAAACCAUGCUCUGUCAUCUGUGGCAACAUAACAAGUUCAAACAUACUUUUGGACAACCAGUUUCAACCCAAACUAAAAAAUUUUGUUACGGCCCACCUCCGGCCUCACCUGGAAAAACAGAGUUCCACUAUAAAUAUGGAAAGUGGUAGAAAUAAAUACCUUUGGUACAUGCCAGAAGAAUAUAUAAGACAGAGAAGACUGUCUCCUAAAACUGAUGUCUACAGCUUUGGAAUUGUCAUAAUGGAAGUUCUGACAGGUUAUAAAGUGGUUCUAGAAGGUCCAAAAUAUGUUCGACUGAGGGAUCUCCUUGUGGAAUUGAUGGAGAAGAGAGGUGUUGAGUCAUGUAUCUCCUUAUUAGAUAAAAAAAUAAAUCCAUGUCCUCAGAAUUUCUCCUGGAAAUUAUUUACUUUAGCAAACCAAUGCACAUCUUCCCGGGCAAAGUUAAGGCCAACAAUGGAUGAAGUCUUGAUUACCCUUGAAAGUACUUACCCUAUCUUACAUUUUGCUGAAGAUCCUCCCAAAUCACUAAAGUCCUUCAGGUCUCCUUCCCCUCUUUUCCUUGAUCGCUUACCCAGUAUUCCCAUGGAAAAUGAUGAAAAUCAGGAACUUUGCUUACCUCCUAAUGAAAAAUUGGACAAAGCUGGAUUGGCUCAGAAAACACCACUGGAGUGUAGCCAGUCUGAAGUUACCUUUCUAGGCUUUGACAGAAAGGCCCUGGGAAAAGAAAAGGCCCAUGUUUCUGAAAUACCUGCGACUUCCAGGAAAGAUGACUUCUCAUCAAAUCAUACGCUUCCAUCCCAGGACUCAAGGGUUUGUUUUAUGAGUAUGGACCUUUCCUCAGAGUCUAGAAGCUCUUCUGUUUUGAGCAGGCUGGUGGAACCCAGUUCCUCCUCAGAAUCAUAUAGGAAUAAAGGCGGAAAGUUGGAAGGAGAUGACUGUUAAAAGUUCGCCAUGGGGACAGCUAAGUGGCCCAGUGGAUAGAGCAUCUGGAGUUUAAAUCUAGCUUCUGACACUUGACACUUAUUAGCUGUAUGACCUAAGCAAGUCACUUCACCCUGAUUGCCUUGCCAAAAUAUCCACAUCAGACCAACACAAGCUCAGAAUGCUCUGCCACAGGUCAGACACAAGUAGCCCACAUGAACAUUUGGGGUGGAUUCUCUAACUUUGUGCAUCUUGCAUUUUCUCUGAGCUAAUUAAAUUCUGCUUUGCUCAAAGAGCACAGAACCUUCUCUGAUGAGGGCACACCGUGCUGGGUGGUCCUGUGUCAGUGCGAUUAAUUCUCAGGUUUUUAAGAGAGACCUUGAGAGUGUCCUUGUAUUGUUUUUUCUGACCACCUUGUGAGCACUUUCCCUGUAUGAGUUCUCCAUAAAAUAAAUUACAUAUAUAGGUGUAUGUAUGUAUAUAUAGAUAUAAACAUAUAU